AUCUUCGUGAUGGUGAAACAGAAGCAAACAAGUCCUGAGAAGGAGGACUCUUGCCGUUCUCUUUCUAACUUGGUCUGCCCAACACUUUUAAUUUGAACAUCAAUACUCGAAAUCCCUGCAAUGGGAUCCGAUUGAAUAUUCCACAACCCAGGCAGAUCAGCGCACUUUCAGAUGGCUUCUAAAUAAGGGGGCUCGGGUCUUGACGACAGGAUAAAUCUACCUUGCUUCUCCAGAAAAGUUGGAACAGCUGGCAAAGCCAUUACGAACACUAUAUCAGUGAACAAUGCCGAUAAUGUCCUGGUUUAAAUGGAGCAAGCCUAAUCAAAGUUACUCUCAGAGGAACCCUGCUGAUGUGAUCAUUGAAACCCUCAUGAUGGAACUCAGCUGGCAGCUGAAACAAGCUGAGAAGAUGCAGAGAGAGCGAGAGAAUGAGUACAGGAGGAUAAAAACAGGUGUUGACUAUAGCUGGCUAAUCAGUCAUCCCAAACAGAGCUAUGAAGUGUCUCCAAGAGAGAGGCUAGAACUUGAAGAAGCUUGUUCCAAAAUCCACCCUACUUACUGUGGGCCUCUGGUACUCAGGUUUCGACAGGUAAUUGCUGAAUACGAGCCCGAGGUUCACGAAGUGUUACAAUUAUUCCGGGCUGUUCUUCAGGAUGCUUUUGAGCAAAUGAAGGAAGAUCAAGAUACUAAUAAACUAACCAGGCAGUGGAACAAGAAACAGACAAUGAGUCUCUCCACGACAAUAUUUAAAUCACGAGUAAGGAUCUAUCCUUUCAGCAGUAAUAUCAAGACAGUGUCAGAAGAUGUGGAGCAAGGCUUUGAGUCAGCCAGACGAGUAUGGAGUAUGCCAGAGUUCAAAACUGCUAAAGACUUCUGAUGGCUUGCACUAUUUCUACUUUUCUAACAGACAUUCUGCUGUAGAGAUGAUUAGUUAUCAUAUUUAAUCAUUGAAUCUUAGAUUGAUACUUGUCUUUCAGCAAUGUGACUGCUAUGAAUGUGCAUGGCUUGCUUACUGUGAACUCACAGAUACAAAGCUGAGUGACUUAUUCUUGGGAAUGUAGAUGGAAUUUGUUUCUGGCUAAACUAUGAAAUGGAGGAUAGUUGCUUUUAAACUGCAACUGAUUAUCAUCACAAUUGAAUACCAACUGCACUUACAAUGGAUAAUUAUGAUUUAUCGGAAUAUGAUAUUGGUAUGUUAUCAGUUUUUUGA